AUGCAUUUCAUUACUGUCUUGGAGAUAUACAUGAUGCCUGAGAGUGCUAAAGGGGGAGAACUUCGUGCAUAUCGAGCAGUUAAUUUCCAUUGCAUAUGGACACUAGAGAAGAUCCUUAUAAAGAAAAGCCACCUAGGUUGAUUCUCUGAUAUCAUUAAAAUGGAUGGAGAAUAUUGGCUUUUUGGUUCUGAUCACUAGUGGUUUGGAACUAAGAAAAAAUGGACGCUGGAAAUAUGGCAUAGCAGUUCACCUCUUGGUCCUUUGGAAACCACACAAGAAAGAAUUCCAAUAUAUAAUGUUGACAAAAGUGUGACUAGAAAUGGAGGGCAGACCAUUGGUGUGUAUGAUGGAAAUCUUUAUCGUGUUGGUCAGGACUGUGGUGAAACUUGAUGGACGACGAGUGCGAGUCUUCAAGGUGAAGUUCUUACCAAAGAGAAUGAUUACAAAGAAGUUGAAGUCUCACUGGAGCUUUGAAGGUCCCACAAGGGACGGAGCUGGAAUGGUGCUCGUUUACCUCAUCUUGAUGCACAGCAGUUAAGUUCUGGCAAGUGGAUUGGGGUAUGGAUGGUGGAUCCGUGUACCUUCUGGAGGAAACUCGGAAGGCGCGUCGGUUAUUCUUUGGCUUGUACUUCACUUGCAGCAGUCAACAGCAAUUGUUCAUUAGUAUGGUUGGGUGGUCCUCUCCUUGGAGCUGUGAAGUGUAUCCAUGUUAUACCACUCAACUGGUGUCUUACUGACUCGGGGAAGAGAAGUAUAGUCUUUUGUAUGGAAAGGUCAAAUGCCUUUUCUUCAAAGUACGAAAGGUGUGGCCGCUUGAACAGAGCAGCUUCAUCUCUCCGGGUUGAAAAUAAAGGGCCUAAUACUUGGGCUGGAAGAUGGUUUUUGGCUGUGAUUGCAAUUGGAGUUGUGCUGAUCUGCACGAGUGAAUAUAUUUAUGGAGGAAACGGUGCGAAAGAACACUUACCAUUAAAAUGAUCCUCUCAGUUUACUCUGUUGACAAUGACUUAUGGAUUGCUCGGACUCUGGAACUUGAAAAUGUAUGUCAAGCAUUACUCAAAAGAUGUUCUUUUCCAGUAAAGAGAAAUAGUGGUCUGGAACAAGGGUACCCAAAAGUGGAGUGAGCUGGGAUUCGCGGUGCCUGUUAGGAUUACAGAGUUGAAAAACCAGGAAUUCAGCUAA